AUGAACUCUCCGGGUAAACUUAUUGAUAUUGAAAGUUCACCGACCAACUUUCUAAACUCUCCACAACCAGAGGAUAAUGCUUUCAACUCGAUCAACGCUAUCUCAGAGUUAAGAUUACCAACGUAUUGUAUUAAUAAUCCAAGAAUCUGGUUUGCUCAGAUUGAAGCUUUAUUCAUGGCUAGAGGCAUAAAAUCUCAGGCAUCAAAGUAUGCAUACGUAGUCGGUACACUUCCUGUUGAGAUUGCCGCUGAAGUUGGAGAUUUAAUCGAUCACGUGCCAGAAUCUGAACCAUACGAUAAGAUAAAAGCAGCAGUUAUUCAACGCACCACGGUCUCAGAUGAGAAAAGGCUGCAACAAUUGCUAACGUCUUGUGACUUGGGAGAUAAAAGACCCUCUCAGCUUCUCCGUCACAUGAAACAACUCGCCGGUCCAUACAAGCUAGACGAAGCCCUCCUAAAGCAAAUGUGGUUUCAAAGAUUACCACACAGCGUUAGACAAAUUCUCAGUGUUUCAGGGAAAUCCGUCGCACUCGAUGACUUAGCCGACAUGGCGGAUAAAAUGAUGGAAGUCUACCAUGAUAGUCACGGUGUGAACUCAUUGCAACCACCUGGACCACUAGAUAUUAGCUGUUUAGUCUCCUUUCAAAAGCAGUUAACGCAUUUAACGAGCCAGCUAGCGUCUCUGCAAUCAACCAUAGCAACCAUCCAAGCUAGACAAUCGAGAUCCCCCUCCAGACGAAGAUCUUUUUCUAGACAACGGUCUAGGUCACCGAAGCGAACAUCUGAUGUUUGUUGGUACCACCAAAAAUACGGCACCAAAGCACGGCGUUGUACACGACCGUGCACAUUUUCUGCGUCUGACACAGAGAAUCAGGGAAACGGACCGGCCAGACAGUGA